AUGUUUGGAUCGAUGGAGUUUCACUUUGGAAUGAACAGGCUGGUCAAAGAUAAGAUUCACGGCGGUUCGGUGAUCUGGAGGUACCUGCUGACGGUGAAGAACUUGAGCCAGCGCGACUCACCGGAACAGCCAUUGGUGGGGGAGAUGAUGUUCACUCAGUAUGGCAUCAACCAGUUGGACAACACGUAUUCCUUUGAGAUGCAUGCGCCCCUCUCAGCUGAGGAUCAAAAUCGAUUCAAUGAGAUUCAAGGCAUGCGAAAGGAUGAUGCCCUAAGUCGAGCCACGGGCCGUGGCGGUAGCCCUGAGGGGAUCGCCGAGGAGUCCGCAAAGGGCAAGGUGCCAGAUCAGGCAGAUCUCAUGAAGCAGGUCACCGACUUCAAGGUCCCGCAGGGUGGUAGUGCUGCAGAUAUUGCUAAGAGCCAGAUGGGCGACAGUCCCUACAGCAAGAUGCUGGACAACAGCCAUUUGGCGGGCAACACUGAGAUUUCGGUUCGUGAUCCCCAACCGCCACGGACGACCUCCUCCUCCUCCCUGUUGGAAGCCAUCAACCUCAGGAAACCCGAGUUGCUGAAGGGCCUCCAAGAAGCUGGACUGAACUCCGCAUCGGCCAUUCAACAGCAGAGCUUACUGGCGAUCUUCGCGGGAAAGAGCUUGUUGGCCAAGGCCACCAAUGGCAGUGGAAGAACGGAAGCUUUCGUCAUAGCUUUGCUGGAGAAGUGUCACUCUACGAAGAACGCGAUUCAAGGACUGGUUCUGGUCCCUACCAGAGAACUGGCCUUGCAAACCUCCAACGUCUUAGGACUCCUUGGGAAGCAUAUGGACAUGAAGUACAUUGUGGCCAAGGGCGGGACGAGCAUGUGGUGUCCAAUAGGAGACGAUCUGGUUCGUUUGUCUGGUGAAGUUCAUAUCUUGAUUGCCACCCCUGGACGGUUGCUGGACCUUGCCCACGAGGACGCCUGCAACCUGAGUAGAUGCCAGUUGAUCGUCAUGGACGAAGCGGAUCGUUUCUUCUGCCCGGAACUUCUACCGAUCCUUGAGGACAUUGUGCAGUUCCUGCCCUCGCAGAGACGGCAGUUCUUGAUGUAUUCAGCAACUUACCCCAGCGCCAUGGUGCAUUUCAAGAAUUGUCACCUAACAGAUGUGCAUGAGGUGAAUUUCAAGGAGCAGCUGACGCUCAAUGGCGUCUCGCAGUUCUAUAUCUGUGUGGAGGAGAAUCGAAAGGUGUUCUGCCUGACGAAAGCGCUGUCCACAUUUCAGAUCAAUCAGGUCAUCAUUUUCUGCAAUUCGGUGACUCGCGUGAAAUUGCUCGCCCGGAAGAUGACGCAUUUGGGUUACCCAUGUCUCUUCUUCCACCCGGGCCUUUUUCAGUCUGAGAGACAACAAGUUCUUCAAGACGCGUGGUCUGGAGCUUGUCAAAGCAUGGUGUGUUCUUCGCAUUUCAUGCGUGGCAUCGAGACAGAGUCGGUCAAUGUGGUGAUCAAUUUCGACUUUCCUCGGGGGCCUCAGACCUACUUGCACCGUACCGGCCGCUUCAGCCGUUUAGGCUUGGCGAUCUCCUUUGUGACGCAACGCGACCGGAUCGACCUGCUGCGGCUGCAGAAAGCCAUGGGCACAAAGAUCUUGCCCAUGCCUGCAGCCAUCGACCCAGCCCUCUACACCUGA